CAGGGUGUCGCUAGAAUCACGUAGAUCAGAUGGAAUGGAAACUUGCAUUUCCAUGGGACCAAUGGGAGCGGUUUAUGCAAAUAAGUUGUGGGGACAGCGGGUUUCACUCGAAACAUUCGACUUGCCAGGCAUACGGUGAAAGUCUCAGCACACAGAAGCAGUCGGUUUCGCUCUGGAUAUUUUACAACACCAAACCGCUCGGAUGUGCAAUAUGACUUUUGAAGAAACCAGUGGAGAGAAUUCUUCAGAAAGGAUGGAAUCGGUGCCUAAAGCAUUAGAAGAGGUCCUGAGCUCUGCAUUGCCUCAGGGUUGCAUCACCGUUGGAGUCUAUGAGGCAGCAAAGUCACUAAAUGCGGAUCCAGACAAUGUGGUGUUGUGUCUAUUGGCCACAGACGAUGAGGAGGAUGUGGCUCUCCAGAUUCAUUUCACCUUGAUUCAGGCAUUUUGCUGUGAGAAUGACAUCAACAUCCUGCGGGUGAGCAACUUGAGGCGUCUGGCAGAAAUACUCGGAGGAGUGAAAUCCGGAGGGGAGCCCAUUGACCUGCACUGUGUUUUAGUUACUAAUCCCCAGUCAUCACUGUGGAAGGACCCAGCACUAAGCAAAGUGACCAGAUUCUGCAGAGAAAGCCGUUGUUUGGAUCAGUGGGUGCCUGUUAUCAACCUUCCCGACCGAUGAAACUUCUUGGAAUAUGAAUAGUUGUUGUGUGCAUUGGGCAAAAAGUAACUGCACAAGGCCCGUGUUAAUGUCUGUGUUGGACUCCUUCGGAAAGGGCCUCAGAGAGGGAGAGAGAGAGACACACGGGAGGGGCAGAAAAAAGGAACACAAGGAAGCAGCAAAAUGUUCCAACAAAUUUCCCAGGUCAUGGUGAACUUGUGGGCCAAGGAAGAGUGAC